AUGUACACAGUCCACCAAAGACGUAGAGUCAAACGAUGGGGCCAAAGUAUUUACGCAAAGGCCCCUUUCCCAUCAAGGCUCCCACAAUUAGGAGGCUGUAUCUCACUACGACUUAUCGAGAUGGAUUUACAGCUACUGACCCUCCCAACUCUCCGAGGUGAUCUUCGACAGGAAACAUUACCCCUAGUCGAUCAAAUCUUUGAAGAGUUACAGACUGCAAUCAUCGCCCCUAGGAGUAUUGAUGGAUACGGAACAGACCCGGUGAUCCAAGAUGCUCUCCACAACAGAGAAAAGGAGCUGGCCGCGACCGAAAAGCUCCUAGGCAUCAUCGUCCAAGAAUGGCAUGCCAUGGACCUCAACAUCUCUCGACACGACUUUGAGUUUGAACUUGACCAACUCGAAGACCAAGUUGAGCGUCUGAUGGGGGACAUUCUCGUCAUUCGAGAUUGCCGGUUUGAACUUGGUGGCAGGCUGCUGGACGAUAUGAUCCGGGCCGCGGACGGUGGGCGUAUCAGCAGCACUUGGGCACACGUCGACUCGCUGAUCAAACGCUACAAGACCGCUGCAGGGGCAAAAGUUCCCAUCUAUGAGCCCAAGGACACAAUUGCCCAAUGGAACUUUUGCCAGAGGGUGUUCAAGGUUUAUGAUGUCGAAGAUGGCAUUGCCCACUGGUGUGUUAUUUCAGGCCAAUGGCAGUUGAAAACCACAGUCAGAGGAGCGCAGAUUGUCAGAUACAACGUGGGCGAGCCGUGUGCCCAGUAUCUCUUUGCUCCUCUAGAUGAUCCAGAAGGUCAUCUGUUGGGAGUCAAAAACAGUCUGCCAAUGCAUAUACGCUAUGCAGAGGCCCUGGACGAUGGACGCCUCGUCAUUAUACCUGAUGAAGUCCAAGACAAGGACAAAUACCAAGACCAAGAGAGGGAUCAAGGAUACAUUGGCCGCUGGAAGGUGUACAACCUCUAUGAGGCCGAUGCCCAGCAAUCGCAUCCGUCGAUGCCAUUAGGUUCCGGGCUGCACGGACGUUCACUACAGUUUCGAACUGACUUCCGGCCUGACGCUCGGUAUCUAUUUUUUGUCUUUUGCAUGAGCGUUCUUCGGCGUCAACGCCAUGAAGCUCCUGGCUGGUGGCGAGCGUAUUUGGCCGGCGGCCCUGGGAAGGCUUGGGCCGCUUCCGCUUCUGGGUCCUACCUCCGACCGUCCUCGCUUGGAAAGCUUGCGCAGAGAGUAGGCCGUUUGAACGAAGAAGAGGCGGCUCAGUUUGCCAUCGAAUCGGGUAACGGCUGGGUGGCUGAGCGUUCUGAUGGGGACACACGGGUUGAGGAGAGGGACAGCUUCUAUGCGGAUCUUUGCUGCGUGGCGGCUAUGCAGCCGUCCCCAAACCGGCUUACGGAAUUCACGAGGCUUGGGCCAUAUAACCAGGAUUACGAGAAUGUUCUCGGCGAUGAAGGAAACGAAGAUGACGAUGAUGACGAUGAUGAUGGCGAUGAAGAAUAUGAUGGCGAUGAAGAAUAUGAUGGCGUUGACAAUUAG